AUGCAGUAUCAAAACUAUGACAAACAGACAACUGAUUUUGAUUCAGAGAAUGAUAAUGAAAUAAGUGAAAAUUAUGUUGAAACUUCAGAAAAUAAAAUAACAUGCCUGCAAAUUCUUAACAUUUUAUCUAGCUAUGACCUUCAACACGCUUUUCCAAACUUAUUUAAGACAUACAAAGCACUUGGGACAAUACCUGUAUCUUCUUCAUCUGCAGAAAGAAGCUUUUCAAAGGUAAAGCUUAUUAAAACAAGACUUGGCUCAACCACAAGUCAGUGUCGGAUGGAAAGCUUAUUUAUGUUAAGUAUGGAAAGAGAUAUACCAAUAAACAAACAAGAAGUAAUUGAUAAGUUUGCUGAAACAUCAUCUUUGUUGAAAAAAAAUUUGAUGUUUAAAUAG